CAUUCCUCUUUCCUUGAAUUCAGACUUACUCUAGACCUUGAAGCAAGCCAUGUCGUCUGUCAGCAUCCCAGCAGCUAGCUUGUUCGGCCUGAAGGGCGCAGUCGCCCUCGUGACUGGAGGUGGUACCGGUAUCGGUCUGAUGGCCGCUCGUGCUCUCGCCUCUCAGGGAGCUAAAGUCUACAUUACCGGUCGCCGCACCAAUGUCCUCGAAGCCGCCGCAAAGACGCACGGCUCUGCCCUCUCCGAACAGGGCGGCUCCCUCGUUCCUCUGCAGCUCGAUGUGACUGACAAGGAAUCCCUCAAGGCUGCUGCAGCUAAGAUUGAGAGCGAAGAGGGCAAGCUACACAUCCUUGUUAACAAUGCCGGUGUCGAGGGACCUGUGACAAAGACGACCGAGGUGGAUUGGUCUAAGGAAGGCGAUGAGAUCGCCAAGGCAGAGCACUACCGUGAUCUCCACUACAAGAAUGAGACAGUCGACGACUGGAACAGCCUCUUCACUCCCAAUGUGCACGCCCUCUUCUUUGCCACAAUGGCCUUCCUGCCCCUCCUUGCAAAGGGCAACGCUGCCCCUCCCACGGACAAGGCUGGCGCCAUCGACCAGCUCAACAGAUGGACCGGCUCGGUGAUCAACAUCACCUCGAUCAGCGGACUAGUCAAGCUCAGCCAAAACCACUUUGCCUACAAUGCCUCCAAGGCUGCCGCUAAUUCCCUCACAUACAUGCUCUCCCACGAGCUUAAAUUCUCCCAAGCUGGUCCACAGAUUGGACUUCGGGUGAAUGCAAUUGCACCAGGAUUGUUUGCGAGUGAAAUGACGACAAAGAAGAGUACAUUGGAGAGUGGUGGAUUGAGCAGUGCGGAUGAUGUUGACAAGGGAAUGAGCAACCCGGCGGGAAGGAUUGGAUUAGAGGAGGAUAUGGCACAGGCAAUCUUGUUCCUGUCAAGCUGUCAAUUCGCUACAGGACAGGUCAUUGCUGUCGAUGGUGGCUUCACUGCCGUCGCACCCAGCAGCCGAUAAAGGUGUGCUCUUGGCUGUCUACUUGUUCGUACCGCCAAUCAUGCCGCAAUAGAUGACAAUAUUCUGAAUUGCAGACGAGCGCCCUCUAUCGUCAG